AUGAAGACUGGACUAAUUCUCGCGUCAUUUAUUCAAGAUUCAUCAGCAAAUCCGCAUUCCCGGGUUCGUCGGCAAGGAAUCAAUCCUUCUGAAAAGGGAUUCUAUGGCUCUUGGGACUGGUUCAUCGACAGGAUUCAAAAAGACUCUGGAAUCACAACAACUAAGCGAGCAACAACAACUGCUCCUCCAACCUCGAACAACUUCUUCCAGCGAUCGUUGAGGACCGGGAAUUCCGGCUUUUCAAGUGGCAAUUCAAGACUUGCGCAAAGUGAAAAUCAAAACAGCUAUUCUUUCAAAGGAGCAAAGGGGAAGCAAGUUUUGGGAGAAGAUAUUCCUUGGUUCCAGGCGAAUCAGAAGCCUGAGAAGAAGUUCCAACAGCUUUUGUCUGAUGUAGGGAAGAGAGAAGAGUCUCCCUCGAAUAACCAGUUUUCAACAAGAUCUGGAAACGGAUUUUUCAAAAACAACGGCAUCACUAGAUUCCAAGCUGAUGGAGAUGCUCUGGUCAAGCCAAAGCCUGUUCAGUUCAUUGAUGACAUGGGUAGAACUGCUCUUCAGUACAACGCUUUUGAGGAGAUAGGAAGUGGAGAUUCCUCAGAAGACCGACCAAGGACAACGUCUUUUUCGGCUGAGUUGCCAAGCAUGUACAAGCCAGACUACACUGCCGAGAAGCCGUCCUCCUCUGAUUUCACCUUCCAGACCUCUGUAGAACGCAGCAGCUACGGUCAUGGUUCCUACAACUCUGCCAUUGACCAAUACGGCGCUUACGAUCCCAACUACGUCCCAACUCCGGUCGAGGACAACACUCCUAUUCCCGUUUCGCUGACUCAAGAAUGGCCAUCAAAUCCAAACGCUCUCGGGGGCGCAAUUUUCGAAGUCAUGAAUUUCAUUUUCGGCGAUGCUGGCACAUGCUACAUCAGACUUCCCGUCGCUGUCUACUGGUUUCACGUGUUCAAUGCUCACGUGGAUCCGAUUGGAAGCGACCCGUCAUCGGGUGUUUAUGCUCUUGUGGCGGCUAAUCAGGCGUUUGAGGAUUUCAUCGUUAAUUUCAUUGGCGAUGACUACCGCUUCGGAGCUGAGUCCAUUGAACUGAGCUGUGAUUCCACUCAAAAAUGGACAACAUCUCUUCUCUCUUUCCCAGGAAACACAAAUGGAGACAAGGCAAGAACCAAUGUCCGUGCCUACGAUGGAUUCGAUGGAAAGAAAGUUGUUAUCCAAUUUAUCUACGAUGUUGAGGGAUUCUAUGUUGACGACCCUAGAGUCGUUUUCGAACCUGCUUCAGGAGUGGGCAACACAUUCACGAUCAGCCAAAUUGACGGAACCUAUCUUGAAGAGCUCUGGUUUGGCUGGAACUACGUCCCAGGCGGAUGGUUUAGUGCUGCUGAUGUCCUUGUUGGAUAUUUUGAUGAUAACUAA